AUGGAUUCUCUUCUGGCCUCGGCCAGCCGCUCUGAGGAUGAGGACUCGUCUGCCGGACACAAGAGGAGCCUCUCCCAGGGGUCCGGCCUCAUCCCCAAGAGGAGGAGCUCGUCCAGAUUUAUUAAGCGAAAGAAGUUUGAUGAUGAAUUGGUGGAGAGCAGUCUUGCUAAAUCUACUAGUCGGGCACGUGGGCCCAGUGGAGGAGAGCCAGGGCGGUGUUCAGGCAGUGAGCCUUCAUCUAAUGAGAAGAAGAAGGUUUGUAAGACUGUUACCACUCCAGCUCCGCCAUCUCCUGCUCCAAGCCCUAGCAUUACUAAGCGGAUAAAGAAGAGUAAGCAGCCUCUGCAAGUAACCAAGGAUCUGGGAAGAUGGAAACCAGCUGAUGAUCUCCUACUUAUUAACACAGUGCUACAGACUAAUGAUCUGCAGGCUGUACACCUUGGCGUUAAGUUCAGCUGUCGUUUCACACUGAGUGAAAUACAGGAGCGGUGGUAUGCUCUGCUCUAUGACCCUGUCAUUUCCAAACUGGCAUGUCAGGCUAUCCGACAGUUACACCCAGAAGCUAUUGCUGCGAUCCAGAGCAAGGUUUUGUUCAGUAAAGCAGAAGAGCAGUUGCUGAGUACAGUGAGCUCUAGCUCACAGCCUACACUGGAGACAUUUCAGGAUUUAUUGACCAAACAUCCAGAUGUUUUCUAUAUGUCACGUACAGCGAAGUCUCUGCAGGUCCAUUGGCAGCUUAUGAAGCAAUACUAUCUUCUGGAGGACCAGACUGUUCAACCAUUACCCAAAGGAGAUCAAGUGCUAAAUUUUUCUGAUGCAGAAGAUAUGCUAGAUGACACCAAACUUAGAGACACCCGAGAUGAAGUCCUAGAACAUGAGCUGACUGUAGCAGACCGUCGUCAGAAAAGAGAAAUCCGUCAGCUGGAGCAAGAGCUGCAUCGGUGGCAGGUUCUUGUGGACAGCAUUACUGGAAUGAGCUCUCCAGACUUUGACACUCAGACACUGGCAGUGUUACGGGGGCGCAUGGUGCGGUAUUUGAUGAGAUCCCGGGAGAUAACACUUGGGAGAGCCACAAAGGACAACCAAAUCGAUGUGGAUCUGUCACUGGAAGGCCCAGCUUGGAAGAUUUCCCGUAAGCAGGGUGUCAUCAAACUAAAAAACAAUGGAGACUUUUUCAUAGCAAAUGAGGGCAGACGAGCUCUGUACAUUGAUGGUCGGCCUGUGCUACCAGGAAACAAGUGGAAGCUAAGUCACAACUCUGUAGUGGAGGUAGGUACCUUUAGUUAA